CGGAGCCUAUCUAUUUAAAGGGAAGUCAACGAAGCACCGAGGUUAACUUUGAUUUGGUGCUUAUCGAGAUGAGGUCACUCGUGCUUCUCGUGGCCCUGCUGCAGUCUCUGGGGGCCUCAGGCGUGCCGCUGUCCAACUCCGAGCUGGCGUCGAUGUCAAACAGAGGCCUCGGAGCAGCUUUGGCAGAGGUCAACUCCUUGUAUGCUGUCAGCCAUCUUUACCGGGUGACCCAAGGCUCUGUCACAAGGGUUGUUCCCGUGGGCCUGAACACCGUUGACCUCCAGAUGGUGUUUGGCAUUAGAGAGACCACGUGUGCGAAGGCGUCCACGAGUGACCCGCAGACGUGUGCCUUCCGACCGGGAUUCUUUGUGGCUUCGUCCACCUGCUCCAGUCGGGUGAGGGUGUUCCCCACCUCGGCCCAGGUGGUGUCUCUGAAUUGUGGCCACGACAGCAGCUCCAGCAGCUCCAGCUCAGAGUCCAGAGAGAAGAUGUCCUCAAGAGGGAGACACAAGUUCAACAUCCCAUUUGCAAACAGAGUCCCGGCUCCUUUUGCACCUCCUUCUCCUCCUCCUGUCCAGCCGGGUCGGUCCCUAUACAGCCCAACGGUGGAAGUGCAGCCCGAACGAGGAGACACUUUCAGCAACUUCCUGGUGUGAAGGGCCAGCUCUGCUCUGGGAAUCAUUUCGGGGCUGAUUGGAAAACAAAAUCGAAUUAAAGAUAGAUUUUGAUCCUAA